AUGAUCCAGAAUCUGACCUUUGUCCUCCUUUUGCUCCUAGCUCCCCCUACGGUUCGAAUCAUACACUCAGGCCACGCGUGUAACAUUGAGGAGGAGAGGUACACGGAGAGGGUGUACACCAUCCGGGAGGGGGAGACGCUGGAACUGGCCUGUCUGGUCACAGGGCAUCCACGGCCACAGAUCCGAUGGACGAAGACAGCGGGCAGCGCGUCAGACCGCUUCCAGGACUCCAGCGUGUUUAACGAGACCCUCCGCAUCGUUAAGAUCCAGAGGCACCAGGGGGGGCGCUAUUACUGCAAGGCUGAGAAUGGACUGGGUUCACCUGCCAUCAAGUCCAUAAGAGUGGACGUCUACUAUCUGGACGAUCCCGUGGUGACGGUGCACCAAAGCAUAGGGGAGGCUAAGGAACAGUUCUACUACGAGAGGACGGUGUUCCUACGCUGCGCGGCUAACUCCAACCCUCCUGUACGCUACAGCUGGAGACGAGGGCGGGAGUUCCUGUCGCAGGGUUCAGAUAAGGGCGUGGAGAUCUACGAGCCCUUUUUUACACAGGGGGAGACUAAGAUACUAAAACUGAAGAACCUUCGACCUCAGGAUUAUGCCAACUACACCUGCACGGCGUCUGUCCGAAGCGUUUGUGGAAUCCCGGACAAGAGCGUCAUGUUCAGACUCACCAACAAAACAGCAUCCCCCACUAUUAAGCUCCUGGUGGAGGACCCCAUAGUGGCCAACCCCGGGCAGACGGUGACCCUGGUGUGCAUCACCUCCGGCGGGGAGCCGACGCCCUCGCUGACGUGGACGCGGAACGGGGAGGACCUUCCCAAGAAGAGCGUCCUGAACAGCGGCACCCUCACGCUGCCGGACGUCACCACGGACGACGCCGGCGUCUACGGCUGCGUCGCCAACAACAACGUGGGCAACCCUGCCAAAAAGUCCACCAACAUAAUCGUCAGAGCUCUGAAGAAGGGGCGGUUUUGGAUCACGCCAGACCCAUACCAUAACGACGACAACAUCCAGAUUGGGCGGGAAGUCAAGAUCUCCUGUCAGGUGGAGGCCACGCCCCCCGAGGAGCUCCAGUUCAGCUGGUUGAAAAACGGCCGCCCCUUGCGCAGCUCGGAACGCAUGGUCAUCACCCAGACCGACCCCGACGUCGCGCCGGGCACCACCAACCUCGACAUCAUCGACCUCAAGUUCACCGACUUCGGUACCUACACCUGCAUGGCCUCGCUGAAGAACGGGGGCAUCCCCGAAAUCAGCAUCGACGUCAACAUCUCCUCCACCACCGUUCCACCCAACCUCACGGUCCCGCGGGGGAAGUCGCCGUUGGUUACGCAGGAGGGCGACACGGUGGAGCUGCAGUGCCUGGUCUCUGGGAAACCCAAACCCAUAAUCCUCUGGUCCCGCGCCGACAAGGAGGUGCCCAUGCCGGACGGCUCCAUGACGACGGAGAGCUACGACGGUGUGCUCCGCAUCGUCAACGUGUCGCGGGAGAUGACGGGCUCUUACCGCUGCCAGACGAGCCAGUACAACGGUUUUAACGUCAAACCGCGGGAGGCUGUCGUGGAACUUAUCGUUCAGUAUCCUCCCGCGGUGGAGCCGGUGUACACGGAGAUCCGACAGGGACUGGGCCGGGCCUUCACGCUGACCUGCAGGGUUCUGAGGGCCCACCCGUCACGGGUUCUGAAGUACGAGUGGAAGCUGGGCACCAGGCUGCUGACGGUGGGCGAGUUCAACGCACGAGACGAGACGGAGUACCACGUGAGGGCUCUGAAUCGCGAGGGCUACGGCGAUUACACCUGCGACGUCACCAACGAGGCGGGGGCAGGACGCUGCACCUUCACGGUCACAGGCAAGGCCUUCCCUCCGGAGUUUUACUACGACACGUACAGCGCGCUGUGGCAGAGCAAGGCUGACGUGUAUGGCUUUAAACUCCAGUGGACGCAGAUGAACCCCAACGCCGUGGACCGGAUCAUGGCCUACCGCCUCGGCAUCAAGCAGACAGGACAGCAGCGGUGGUGGGAGCAGGAGAUCCCAAUCGAGGGAGUGAUCAAAAAAGGAGAGCUCCUCACCUACAACCUGACCAAGCUCAUCAAACCCGAGGCCUACCAGGUCCGACUGACCCCCAUCACCCGCUUUGGUGAAGGAGACUCCACGGAGAGGAUUAUCCGAUACAGCGCCCCCGUCAACCCUCACUGGACCAAGUUCCACUGCAGCUUCGAGGACGAGGCCAUAUGCAUGUUCACUCAGGACAAGACGGAUGAAUUUGAUUGGACCAGACACAGUGCCGCUACCAGGGACACCAAGUACACGCCCAACACGGGGCCCAGCAGCGACCGAACCGGCUCCAAGCAAGGUUACUACAUGUACAUCGAGACGUCGCGGCCUCGGCUGGAGGGAGACAAGGCACGGCUGUUGACCCCGUCUUUCAACAUCGCCCCUAAAAACCCUUACGGAACCAUAGUCACAAACCCCACCUACUGUUUCAGCCUCUACUACCAUAUGUAUGGGAAACAUAUAGGGACGCUGAGUGUGUAUUUACAGCAGAAGGGGCAGACAGGUCAGGAGAACUCCAUAUGGACCCUGAGUGGGAACCAGGGAGACCGUUGGAGGCAAGCCAGGGUCAACAUUCAGCCCACCUCGUCUUUUCAGAUUGUAAUAGAAGGUGUUCGCGGCCCUGGCAUCGAGGGCGAUAUUGCCAUUGAUGAUGUGGCCAUUGAGGAGGGAGAGUGUCGGGACCCACCCCCCAACAGCAAUCUGAGGUCUCUGGCCCCUCCCACUGCUAACCAUAUAUGGCAGCUGAGCUUCACCCUGUUCUUGGUUCUGAUUGGUCAUCAAAGGUGA